UCAUUGCCGAGUUUCUGAUGGCAGUGAUUAUGACAGUACAGGAUCGUCCGACCGUCGAUGUCCCGUGCAACUGUGCCUUCCAUAGCACACGAGAAGGAACGUUCAAGUUGACAGGGCUGUUACUCACCGCAUAUAAUACUGCACCAGAUGUGCUCAACACCGUGCUUCUCUCGUAUUUGCCCUCAACGUAAUGGAUACUGCUAGUGAAACGCAGCCGCAGAUGUCGAUGAAUUUAUACGCCCUUCUUGUGGCAAACAGUGUCCUGAUGUACGACCAUGUCGCGACCCUCACGGAAGAAAUCACUUUCAUUUGGUGUUGUCCGAAAGCACCAUUUGCAAUAUUAUUUCUCGUCAAUCGCUAUUUCGCUCUGCUCAGCAAUAUAUAUGUCUUAUCGAUUAAUUCCCUGCCUGGUUCAGAGAGCUGUCCAAAAUAUUUGUUAUCCAGAGAACUCCUUAUUUUUGUUCAACAAAUCAUUGUUUGCUUCAUGUUGACUCUUCGUACUUACGCGCUCUACGGCUGCAGCAAGCGCCUGAUUACUUGGAUGGUAAUAAUCAGCUUUGCUCUUGUGGGAUUAGCUUUGGCCGGAUCAUCUGGACAUUCUUUAAGCACUGCAGUCGGCGUGCCAGGAUUUGGUUGCUAUGAAUCAUAUACAACAGAGACAGCCGUCAGUCCUGGGCUGGCAUGGGCGUCACUAUUCGUCUACGAAUUGCUCAUCUUUGCCCUCACAGUUUUCAGGAUAUGUAACACUAAAGGAUUGUCUCUGGUAAUGUCCAGGAGAAAUAUUCUCGACAUCAUAUUCCAAGAUGGUGCGAUAUAUUUCGUAGCGAUGACAGUGUUUAAUAUACCAAACAUCCUGACGUUCUACUGUGGUUCAGAUACCAUCAGAGGCAGUCUGGCUACAUUUACUAGCUGCAUGUCCGUGACUCUCAUCUCUCGGCUGGUACUUAACCUGCAUAAACCUAUUGACACUGGUAUUUCCUCCUCCCUCAUCCCGGAUGACGACUCCGGCUCCGCUGUCCUUACCAGCAGAGUCAAUGUAUAGUCCGCAAUUUCCUCACUAUAGCUAGUUCAAUAGUAGGUUCUGUUUCUGAUUGCGGAGAUUCUUCUUAAAAAUGGGAAGCGUUAAUUAUUGUCAUCUCGAGGG